CGCUAUGUUUCUGGUUUGCUCUUACUUUUUCCAAAACUCAGCUCCAGUGUCGCUUCUGUGGAACGCCGGGUUCCAGGACUCGCCUCUGUUGCCAGCUUAGACCAGUUCCAAGAGCUGACAGGCGGGGCCAGCACUAGCCUAGCAACUCCCAGGUCGAUCGGAAACUACUGGUUAGUGGUGAGAAGAGGACCCCGGUGUCCCGGCAGUGGACACCCAAGGGAAUUGGAAAUGGGCACCUAGAGAGGUGCAUCUGGGGACGGAUGUGGCUCUGGAGACCCUUGCCACCUGCCCCUCCGCCCACCCAUGGCCAAGCUGGUGGUCCUCGCCACCCUGGCCCCAUCGACGCUGCCUUGAGAGUCGCUCAAAAGUAGGACCCGCAGAACUUGGAGCAGCAUGGGCACCGAGAAAGAAGAGCCCGACUGUCACAUACAGUUCCAGGCAGCAGUGAGCGUCAUUCAGAACCUGCCUAAGAAUGGCUCUUACCGCCCCUCCUAUGAAGAGAUGCUACGAUUCUACAGCUACUACAAGCAGGCCACCAUGGGGCCCUGCCUGGUUCCCCGGCCUGGGUUCUGGGAUCCCAUUGGACGUUACAAGUGGGAUGCCUGGAACAGCCUGGGCAAGAUGAGUAGGGAGGAAGCCAUGUCUGCCUACAUCUCUGAGAUGAAGCUGGUGGCACAGAAGGUGAUCGACACGGUGCCCCUGGGCGAGAUGGCAGAGGCCAUGUUUGGUCAUUUUGAGCCCCUGUAUCAGGUGAUCCCUGACAUGCCGAGGCCCCCAGAAACCUUCCUGAGGAGGGUCACAGGCUGGAAAGAGCCAGUGCUGCACAGAGACAGUCCCGCUGCCCCCGAGCCUUCUUGUCUCCCCAAGGAGCCAGUACCUCCAAGUGCAGAGUCCCAGCCACCCAGAGACUUGGACCUGGAGGUUUUCUGCGACUCCCUGGAGCAGCUAGAGCCGGAGUUGGUGAAAUCGCCCCUCUUGUCCCCUGGUCCCGCUGUGUCCGAGUUGCCCCACUUCCACCCCAGGACCUGGGACGCAUCUCAGCAGGUGUGGGCAGAGCAGGAGGAAGCAGCUGGCAGAGAGCUCGACCCCAGAGGCGGCCCUGAGUCCCCCAGUGAGAAAGAGGGGUUGGGAGGCAGCCUGACGGGGCCCCAGGAAUUGGACAGAUGGCUGGUGGGGACAGUCCGGGCCAUGCAGGCAAGCAUGAGGGAUGUUCAGAGGAGGCUGCAGAGCCUGGAGAGCAAGCCCCAGCCACCUGAACAGAGGCCGCCCAGGACUCGGCCUUGGCCCCUAGGGCUCUCGGCUCCCACGGUGCUCUUCUUUAUCCUGUGGCCCUUCGUUGUCCAGUGGCUCUUCCGACAAUUUCGGACCCAGAAGAGGUGACUCAAGGACGGGGUCUCUCUAGCAACUGAGAAGGCUAUGAGGAGUCCCCUCAUGUCCUGCUGUGCCCUGAGCCUCCCUAGGUUUAGGAAAACAGCAUUAGCAAUCCCCUUCCUCGUUCGCGCUGGCACUCCCUCCUUUAGUGGGGGAUCCCAUAAGACCCCAUCCUUCCCUGCAGCUCACACCUGUGCCCGGAGUCCCCAGGCUAUCGUGGUUAGCUGCUAUCAUGGUGCACAUCCUAGCUUUGGGGUGGGCGGUGAGCACCCUCCGGCCCCACCCUCUGGGUCAUCUGACUUUGCUCUUGCGGAGUCGGCUCCCUGCCGAGGCUCAGCUCUUGGGCAAGUUGGGACUUGGACCUGGCCUGAAGGCUGAUUGGCUGGAGCCCUCAGGAGUGGGGCGGAAUGGGAGGAGUGUUAAGGCUGGGGGCUGGGAUAUCCCGUACACACACAAGUACACAACGCGCUCAGGACUUCACUGAAGAUUCACGUGCAAUCGAACGCUUCAUUAAACAACAACAACAACAAAAGCCUCAAGUCUGCCGUCUGGGCGCCCGUGGAAAGAGCGGGAAGCGGGCGGGUUGCGCGAGACACAAGUCCGGUCCCUCUCUCUUCCAAGCGCCCAGCAGAAGCUGGGGCUUCCUUAUAAGGAAUGUCUUCCCUCCUCCCUAAAGAAAGCAGGAGAAAACAGGCCUCAGUCUGGGGUCAGAGAACACGGAGGAGGGCGGGGAUGUCCCAUGGCUUGGAGGACUGGAGUCUUGCGAGGAGGAGCCUAGCGUAGGUCGGCCCCGCCCCAAAGGGAGGGCUGCUGACCUAACUGCACACUGCGCUAAGGUUUGGGGUACCCAGUGCUGGGUUCCAAAUGUCGCUGCGUCUUCCCAAGUCCUUAACUCUAGACUGUUAGACCCUAUCUCGACCUCCAUUCUUCCCAGAGAACUUUCUAGAAGGCCAGGGCCCGCCCAUUUU